CUUCCGUGUUGUUAGCUUAGUCGUGCUAACUACGAGGGGACAAACUGUAGCGUUAGUUUAAUUUUUAAUUUGCUGCGGUUAAAUUUGCUCCAGGUUUGCAGACGGAGCCACGUUUGUCCCCAUUCAAGCCCGUAACUUAUGUCUAAUUUGCUGGUAUGGUACUUCUAACGUUAGCUGUAACGUUAAAAGUUGAAUUAACCGGCUAAAUAAGAGACAGGUCUGUUUUCAACAAGAGCUCUCUGCUGCUAUGUAGAGCUGCGGACUGGCUGUCCUGUCCUCGGUGUCUGCAUCCGUUUCAAUGGGGAAAAGGAAAGACAUGAUUCACCCCAGGUUCCUUGGUGAGGGCAACUCGAGCCUGCACAGCGUUCACAAGCGCAAACAUAAAAAACACAAGAAGCACAAGAGAAAGCACCACAACUUCGCGGAGGCCCCGCAGCCCGAGCCUGUCGUCUUUCCUCGGCCUCCUCCGCAGCUCCGGCUCAAGAUCAAACUGGGAGGUCAGACGCUGGGGACCAAGAGCGUUCCCACCUUCACUGUGCAUCCUGGUGUGGCUUGUCCUCCCUCUCCUUUGAUGAUCAUUGAUAAUGAUGUUGACGACGACGACGAUGAGGAUGACGAUGAGGACGACGAUGAGCCCUCUGUGCCGCUGGAGCAGUAUCGGGCCUGGCUAGAUGAAGACAGCAACCUGGCCACGUCCCCCAUGCCGGACAUGGACUCAGACUCCAUGCCGAGCAGGCCUGUGGACGAGGAGGAGCGGUGGCUGGACGCUUUGGAGAAGGGAGAGCUGGACGACAACGGGGAGCUGAAGAAGGAGGUCGACGAGUCUCUGCUGACAGCCAGACAGAAAGCCCUGCUGCACAAGCAGCAGAGCCAGCCUCUCCUGGAGCUCCCCAUGGGCUACAAGGAGAAAGAGAUGACCGCGGAGAUGAUGCAGAAGCGGGAGGAACGGGCCCGAAAGAGGCGCCUGCAGGCCGCCAAGAAGGCCGAAGAGAACAAGAAUCAGACGAUAGAGAGACUGACGAAAACCAGCAAGGCCAAGAUCAAAAGCAUGAAAGACAGGAAGUCCAAGAUGAGUCAAUGUCCCAUGGUCCGGUACAGCGACUCUGUCCAGGGCCUGACCAUCUCCUUCCCAACAGGGGUCCCCGCUCCUGCCCCGACGCCUCCCUGUCCUCCACCGGCAGCUCAGGCAAACUGCGGAGUCAGCGGCUGCACUAACCUCAAGAAGUACUCCUGCUCAAAGACCGGGGUCCCCCUCUGCAGCCUCGAGUGUUACAAGAGGAACCCGCUGCUUGUUCAGAGUGCAGUGUGAGCUUAACAGGGCCGAAUAUAUUUCAAAUGGACGCAGAUAUAGUUCUGUUUGUACCACGCUGCGAUGUGACGGCGGUUUACGUUACAUGGACGCCCGUGGCUAAACAGACAUGGGAGGUAUAAUUUGAACUUAACACUUUAAACAUAAAUCUUUUCAGGACUCAGAAUCUGAGUGCCAGUGUGGAUUUACUUUUAAUCUACUUUUUAAUUGGCUGUAUCAUCAUAAUAAUGGUUUUCCCUGCAGUGAUGCUGGUUACACAAUUCAACUAUGUAUGUUGUAAAAUGUUUAGAGAUAAAAAUGUGUGUACCAGUCAUCACACACACAAUAUUUAUUAUUUCCAUCUGAGGAGCCUCCUCAAAUAUUUUUGUAUAUGUCCUGAGAAAGAGUAGCAUUGUUUCCACUUUUUAUUUUGUCAACAAUGUGAAAAUAAUGUUAAGAGCCUGACAAAGGUCGUCAACAAAAAGCUAAUUGUCUUUUGAAAGAAUAAAAGAGAAACUGCAUUGCUUCUUUAA